UGAUGAUUUUGAUGUUGAAAAUGAAAACUGAACAGAAAAUGGUGACACCCCUAAAACACAGAUAUAUUUUUUUCUCCGUAGAAUUUGACAAACACAAACACAAAAAGUUCAUCGUAUAUGGGCCCACACCUCUACCAAACUGUCCCAACUCUCACGUAUUCUUCUUCCUCUUCUGCCACACACCAAACACCACCAACAACAACGUCGUAAAAGUUCUUCCCUUUCACUUUCUCACAAUCCCAUAGUAACCUUCUCUUCUUUCUGCCACUUUUUCUCAGUCUUUAAUGGCUGCCCGCAUCAAAAUUCCGCGUUAAACAAUCGUGGGCCGGUGCAAGUUAGCAUUUUUCUUAUCUUUUGGGGUGUCAAAAAGAUACCCAAUAGGAAAAGUCUUUUUUCUUCUUCUUUUGGGGUGCUUUUUUUUUUGUCAAAUUUGAUUCCAGUUUCACCCUCCAAACAUUGUUCUGUGAGAAUAUAGUGUUUCACAAGGCAUUUUUUUUUUCUCUUUCUCUAUCUUUUUGUGUCUUAGUGAAAGUGAAACUGAGGCUGAGGGAGAGUUUUAAUGAUGCAGAUUGGUUUUUUGUUUUGUGUUAGAGUUUCAGUGAGAAUGGUGUGCAAGAGUUCACAGUUGAGUGAGAAUGUCUUGGGAAACUCCUCUAUGAUGAUGUGUUGUUGCUAACUUACUGGGGAACUACUUGGAUGCUUCUUCUGUGGUGAAAGAAGAUAAAAUGCACUGUUGAUCAUGGUUCAGCUAUGCUGAAAUUAUGGAGUUCUGCUUGAAUCGGUGAUUGUGAGAUUUGGAUUUGACAGUGCUGGGGUCAAGCUUUUGUGUGUGAAGCUUUUUUUUCUUUUCUUGUUAUUAUCAAACUUUUCCAUUACGUUUAAUCAUUCAACUUUCUUUUUCCCCUAUUGGAAGAAAGGGGGGGAUUCACUGAAUAAGGGUGGCUAGGUGUCUCAAUUGCCUUUUUUUUCUUUGAUGGGAAGAGUGGACUGCAAUUUUCAGCUUUUUUCUGUGGAACCUGUUCUGGUUAUGGUCUGUACAUGAAGAAAGAAGGCAUUGAUACCUUUCCCUCCAAAGAAAUCUUAUAUUGCUUCUCUGAGAUUCACUCGUUAGGGAAACUUGGGGGAGUGAAAUUAGAAUUCCUAGAUGCUUUGAGAGUGAACUCACCGAGCUGCAUCUUAGCCUUUUGCUCCUUCAGGAUGUUGAGUUAAAAACAGCCGGGAUUAUAGGUUGUGCAAGAUUACACCUGUGAGCAGUUUGUAUGAACAUAGGCAACAUAAGGUCAAUAUUACCUUAUUAGCAUCCCUAGAAAAGGGAAAUAAGGAAAAACGGAAGUGAACUGCACCAACCGAUCAUUAUGGCAAAGAGGUCCCAAAGAUUCCCUGUGAAUUAUGAGAAAGAUCAGUCAGGAUGUAUGUGGGGUUUUAUUAGUAUAUUUGAUUUUCGUCAUGCCCGCUUUACUCGGAAGUUGAUCGCGGAUAGGAGGCAUGGCAGCAAGCAUGCUGUUGCUGCUGCACUUACCAAGAACAAGUUCGAAGUGUUGAGCAAUUUAGAUGAAGAAUAUGAAGGCAAUAUUGACAGAGUAGAGAGUAAGAGACUAAUACCAGCAACUGAUGCUGAUAAGCUUAGUGUAAAGAAACUCAUAGAAGAAGAGAUGAUCAUUGACCAGGAUGAAAUAAAGGAUCAAGGUAAUGCUGAUGUAGAAUCAAAGCAAUCCAGAUUAGGGCAUGAAGACCCCCCAAAGAAAGAAUCCAAAAGAAAAAAGAAAUCUCGCAAGAAAAGCCGUGAUAUGGAUAGUCAUGAUUUGAAUUCAGCUGCAACCUUGAAAUCUGAAUUUUCACAUAAACAGCAUUCAAGACAACAGUCAAAAGAUAAUCUAGAUUUGGACAAAAUAAUGAAUGAUUUUUGUCAUGUUGAAGCUGCUUGUUCCAUGAUGAAUGACAAUGAUGGCAAAAUUGAUGCACAGUCAAACCAAAAGCAUGCUAUCUCUGAAAACCUUGCUAAUGCAAUCCAUGAAUUUGCAAAUCAGAUGAGAUUGAAUGGGAAAGAUCUGCCUGAAGAUGGACAAUUCCUGAGCUCACGUGAACUCAUGGAAGCAUUUCAGGUUAUAAGUUCAGAUAAGCAAUUGUUUCUUAAACUUCUACAAGACCCAAAUUCACAUUUAUUGAAAUACAUUCAGGAGUUGGAAAGUGCUCAAGGGAGAGGUGGCAAAGAAUGCAGUUCAGUUGUCAGCUCCAACUGCUCUGAACAAGAACUUGUUAAUCUGAAAGAAACUAGGGAGAUUUCCAACCGCAAGCAUCGUAACUUUUUCAGAAAAAGGGUGAAGUCUCAACCAAAAGAUUCAACAAAUGAAAAUGGGAAAACUGAAUUUUCAAAUAGAAUUGUCAUUCUGAAACCUGCACUAACAGGCAUGCAAAUUUCUGAAAGUGGAAACAACCUUGCCUCAUCACUAGAUUCUCAUGACAUUGCCCAGUACAGGAAUCCUUCAGUGAGAGUUGGUUCACAUUUUUCUCUUACAGAGAUAAAAAGGAAAUUGAAACAUGCUAUGGGAAAGGAGAGGCAUGGAAACCCUGAAUUGAUCCCACGCAAACUCCCUGUUGAACGUCAAAAUAAGGUGCCAAGAGGCAAAUGCAAAGAUAAUGCUGGAAUGAGAUCUCCUAAUAAAGACCAUUUCUUCAUUGAAAAAAUUGCAAGACCUAUGUUUGAUGUUGUGAAAGGAAACAAGACUGGUACAUUGAAAGACUCUGAAUUGAAUGUGGAACAUGAAAGUGGUAUUCCCAACCAAAGUGUUUCAAACAUAUAUAUUGAGGCUAGGAAACAUCUGUGUGAGAUGCUAGAUAAUGCUGAUGAGAGCACAAACAUUUCAAGCAGGCAGAUGCCAAAAACCCUUGGGAGAAUACUUUCUCUUCCUGAGUACAACUUUUCUCCUCUAGAAAGUCCUGGAAGGGAUUUAGAGCAUCAUUCUGUGACUGCACAGGCAAGAUUUUCUUCCUCAGACAAAACUAGGGAGGUUAGUGAGGAUAAUUUGUCCCCCAAACCAGCAACAUGUAUUGGUCUUGCAGAUCAGGAAAUCAACAAGUCAGAGAAGCAGUCAAACAUUUGUGAUGAAAGCUCUAACAAUAAAGUACAAGAAAUUAAGACGGUGUCGAAUCUCUCCCAUGAUGUUGAUCAUGUCGAUACAUCUGAAGCCUGUUAUCCUGUUAGAGAUGAGAUAGUUACUGAAGGUAAUGUAGAAUCUGCGAAAGAGAAAAAUGAUUUGGAAUUGUCCUUGAAUCCAAAUGGCUUCAUCACAGGAAAGGACCAAAAUAUUGAUAUCUCGGAAAUUCCUGAUGGUGCAGGAUGUUCUGAACGUUUGAAUCAGGACAUAACAGAAGAGAACCAGCCAUCAUCUCCACCGCCAUCUCCUCACUUUUCUGUCACUAAGAAAAUUGAAGAGCUAGAAAAUGGUACAGAUGUAUCUGAGCGACCGAGUCCUGUAUCUGUUCUUGAUACAUCAUUCUCGGAUGAUGACUUUUGCCCUGGGCACUCCAGAUGUGAGCCUGUUAAAUUACCAGUACAAGCCCGACAAAUUCAAUUUGAAGAACAUGACUGUUCACCUCCAGAACAAUUUGACAGAGGAAAAUAUUGUUUUGAAGAAAGUGAAUUGAUAUAUGACUACAUUAAAGCUGUCUUGCAUGCCUCUGGCUUGACUACGGAUCAGUUGUUGAUGAAAUGCCUUUCCUCAGACAAGAUACUGGAUCCUUCCUUGUUUGAUCAAGUAGAGUACUUCUCGAACCUGCUUUGCCACGAUCAGAAGCUCCUAUUUGACUCUAUCAAUGAAGUUCUCAUGGAGAUUUGUCAGCAUUACUUUGGGGCCUCACCUUGGGUUUCAUUUGUAAAUCCUAGCACGAGGCUAACUCCAAGUAUGAAAAGGGUUACUUUAAAGGUCUGGGAAGGAGUGUGCUGGCAUAUCCUUCCCUUGCCCCCACCGCGCACUUUAGAGCAAAUUGUUAGGAAAGACAUGGCAAGAAGGGGGACAUGGAUGGACCUUGGACUUGAUGCGGAAACAAUUGGUUUUGAAAUGGGUGAGGACAUACUUGGUGAACUGAUGGAGGACACCAUUUUGAGCCUUGUGAGUGAAAGUCCAGAAAGUAAAUGUUUCUCUGCUUCUAUUUGAGGGAAAGAACAAUGAGAACAGCUUCCACUUGUAAAAGACAACUCACUGCCUUUUGAUCAUGCAAGAUGUUAAAGGAAUUCAUAUGUGUGAGGUGAAAUGAAAGUAGAUAGGGGAUGAAAAUCGAUCAGAAAGAAUAAUAGAGUUAUAGACUUCUUUAAAGCAUACUUGGACCUUGGUACUGUUUCUUUUCACCCUAUCUGACUAUUUUGAUAUUGGAUUAGUAUAAUGUGAACAAGGAUACAAAAAAUAAGUCACAAGAAGUAAAUGAGGAGCCAGUGGCAAUUGCUUCUUGCAAAAGUGAAAAGCUAAGCUUGUUUACAAUGACAAACAGACAAAGCAACAGUUUUAUUCAGUGUGACUCACUUCACCCAGUGAAGGCCAAAGGUGUUUGAUUGUAGAGUUUGUAAAGUUUGAUUUGCUGAUCCCAUUAGAUGGUGUGUUGUAAUUUUGUUUGUAUCAUCCUUUGUAUAUUUGCUUUUUGGUUAACCUAUUGACUUCACAAAGUUUGGAAAUAAUGUACACUCGGCUAUCUGUGGUUUCGGAGUGAAGAACUGAGCAGAAAUAUGAAUGACACGUGAGAAUAAAGAAACUUAGAAAGCUGCAGCAUGCCUUAAAAAUGCCAAUGUGAAUUAUUGUUCUUGGUUUCGCUUC